AAGGGCUCAAGGUUUCUUUAACAAUUUUCCAUUCCGUGCCCGAUUGUUUUCACGAUUCUCCGGUGCAUGGCCGGGCGUCCAGGGCCAAGUGGCCUGGAGAGUGUCAGAAGCUCUUUGCAGCCAGGAGAAGUCGUUGAGAAUGUGCUGAGUGAGGCUUGUGAGCAGCAAGACAUCAGCUGGGAAGACAUUGAGCCGCUGGCAGCGACUGGGGAAGAUGCUCAACCUCAAGAGGUGGAUGACUGGGAAGAUGCCCUGCAGAGCUUGCAGGCUUCGUGGUCCUCCUUCUUAUCAUGGACGCAGUCCCAGCUGGCCACUCCGCUUCCUUCGCUUGAAGGCCAGCCCAGUCGGCUUCGCCAUGAACUCUGGCUCAAGCACAUGAACGCUUUUCUGGAGAAGGAACAGCACGCACAGACGUCCCAAGUGCCUAAAGCGGGCCAACGGUGGAGCUUGGCCCGCUUUCUUCAGCGAGUGUUCCGGCCGAGCCGCGUGGAGGAGCCGUGUUGACCUGAUAGGCCACGGCUCUCCAAUUUGAAUCACAUGGGUUUUCAAUGAUCUUUGCUGUGUGCACGAGCACGUGCACUCAGAUCCUAUAACAACUAUAAUGAUUCUCGUUGAACUUGGGCGAAUUUUUAAAAGAUUCCCAGAGCAAGCCUAAGGAGGUUUGUACUGGUACAAAGCAUUCGCACCAAGAUGCUGCCUGCAUUGG